AUGAGGAGGAGGACAGGUCCUCCGAGAAUCCCCAAGAACAGGAGGAGGAGGACAGGUCCUCCGAGAAUCCCCAAGAACAGGAGGAGGACAGGUCCUCCGAGAAUCCCCAAGAACAUGAGGAGGAGGACAGGUCCUCCGAGAAUCCCCAAGAACAUGAGGAGGAGGACAGGUCCUCCGAGAAUCCCCAAGAACAUGAGGAGGAGGACAGGUCCUCCGAGAAUCCCCAAGAACAUGAGGAGGAGGACAGGUCCUCCGAGUAUCCCCAAGAACAUGAGGAGGAGGACAGGUCCUCCGAGAAUCCCCAAGAACAUGAGGAGGACGGGUCUUCCGAGACUCCCCAGCAAGAACAUGAGGACGAGUCCUCCGAGAAUCCCCAAGAAGAAAACGAGGACGGGGCCCCUGAGAAUGUCCGCCAAGAAAGUGAGGCCCCUGAGACUGCCCCUGGCAAAAAGCGAAAAAGAAGGAAAAAGAAAAAGAAAGAACAAUAAGCACCUGUGCAACAACCCGUCCCCGCCAUCGAAGACGAUACUGACAGCGAAGAGAGCAUGGACGAAUUCGACAUUUUAGCUUCUGACGAGAAAGAGGAGGAAGGAGCUGGUAGCGGAGCCCCUUAGAAGCCCUCAAAGAAAUCUAAGAAAUCUAAGAAAUCGAAGACAUCUAAAAAAUCUAAGGGCAAAGUGGAGGAGGCCAAACCCGUCUCUGAUCGAACUCCUACUACCAUCGCCAAGAGGAUCCCCAAGACCAGACGAGGAAUAGUGGUCAUCUCGGAGCAUUUCCACGCCAUAGCUAUAAGCAACGGCCUCUAUUCCUACGACAUCUUGGUCGACAAGAAGAUCAGCCCCAGGAACCACAAGCCCGGCGCCUGGUUCCCCGAGCGCGACCAGCAUCUGGACAGUGUCAUCGAGUCCAUGCAGAAGCACUUCUUCAACAGCGCCGGCGAACCGACCGUGACGGAGAUCUUGAUCGGGGGCCCCGACGAGACGAGACUGCUGCUGAGAAGGAGGCUGCCGCCCAAGCUCGCCCAACUCGCCGGCCAAAUGUACGUGGUCGGCAAACCCACGAAGAAGUCCAUCGCGCUUCGACUGAACGACAUUCUCAUCAGACUGGAAGAGAAAAUAGUGAAGCAGGGGUUAUGAUAAUCCUGCGCUUCCUGUGAGCAGGAGGCGCAGCAGGAGAGAAAGCCUGCCGAGGAAUCCGAACUGUAUUUACCUGAACAUUG